AUGCUGCAUCAGGCAGUUCUUCAAACCAAGACUGUGUGGGUGUCUCUCGUCGUGUUCGUCAUCAUCAGUAUCGAAAGCUGGACACAACGGAGCCCCGCCCCCCUGCGCCCCUCCCACGCGUCGCUCUCGUCUCGCGGUGAAGUGCCAUUUGGUUCGUCCGAGCCCGUCCGUCGACGCCCCGCCCGGAAGAUGAGGAUCUUCGGCGGAUGCGCUAGCGUCGGAGGCCGGGUGAUCCGCACAGCCCGAAACGGCGCCGGCGCUUGCUCUGUUGAAACAAUCCGCCCCGGCGGAUCCGUGGUGUGA